AUGUUUGCAUGGAGUCGCGAGUAUCAGUUGGAGGAGCAGCAGAGGGAGCAGCAGAGGGAGCAGCAGAGGGAGCAGCAGAGGGAGCAGCAGCAGUGGGAACAGCAGCAGAGGGAGCAGCAACAGUGGGAGGAGCAGCAGAAGGAGCAGCAGCAGCAGCAGCAGCAACAGGUGCAGUUGGGGUGGGACGAGCAGCAGCAACAGCAGCAGGAGCUACUGCAGCAGCAACAGCAGGAGCAGCACCAGCAAGAGCAGCAGCAGCAGGGGUAUGAGGGGCAGCAGCAGGGCUCAAACGGAUACGAAGAGGGGGAGCAGAGGGAUGGGGGCAGCACAGGGUGGGAGACCAGUGCCUCCAAUCCCAUUUACCCGAACGGCGUGGUUCUAGAAGAGGAGGUGUUCCCAAUCCCUGCUCCAGUUCCAGUGAUGCAGUCAGAAUUGGAAGGGCUGCAAUCCGCAGCGCAAGAGCAGGGAGCGGCUGAGCAAGCAAUGCAAGAGCAAGGAGCACAGGAGGAGUACGCAGCACGGGGGUUUUAUUCCGAGCCGAGAGCAGCAGAGCAGGAACAAGCAGAGGCGCUAGCACAGGAAGGGGGCGCAGUUUCAGGAGAGGAGGCGGCAGGAACAACUGGUCUCCAUGAGGAGGAAAGCAGGAGCCUGGCCAUCCAGCCCUCUGAGCGCAAGGAGGAUGUGGUGCUGCAUCAGCUGCAGCUCAAGGUUGGAGUUUACAGCGUGCCCCACCCUGCUCGAGCGUCAAGGGGUGGUGACGAUGCUUACUUGGUGGAGGGUAACUGGCUGGGCGUGGCAGAUGGCAUUGGCACGUGGACAGACCAAGGCAUCAACGCAGGCUUAUAUUCCCGUGAGAUGAUGUGGAACUGUGUCAACGUGAUUCGGUCGCGGCAGGAAGGAGCAGAUAGCGACGAGGACGAGGAAACCGACGAUGACUUUGCCGACCAUCUUGAAGGGAGAUCCGAUUCUGAGCUAGAUUCGGAUCACAACGACUCGGCAGGCGUCGGGCGGGGGGCGGCGGCGGGCGGCAGUGUGGACGGCAUGGGCGGCGGAGCGGGCGGCAGGAGGGGGAGGGGCGUGGGGGGUGCGGGAGGAGGGGUGGUGAGCGGAGUGGGGGCGGGAGGGGAUGAUUACGACUAUGGGUACUAUGAUGAUGAGGAGGAUUUAGACCCAAUGGAUCCCAAGGGGGUGAUUGAGGAGAGCCACAGCCGCACUGACCUGAGAGGAUCCUGCACCAUCACUCUCGCCGUGCUGGAUAAAGAUGUGAGUGGAAGCCUUGGACCCGAUGGGUCCCAAGGGGGUUGUAGGGAGAGCCACAGCCGCACUGAUCUACGCGGCUCGUCCACCAUCGCCCUUGCUGUGCUGGAUAAGGAUCGACUGCGAGUGGCAAGCAUAGGCAGCUGUGGGUUCGUGCUGCUGAGGAGGGGCGAGCUGGUGAUUCUCUCUCUUCCAUCUGUCUCCCCUCCACCCCACCCACCCUUUCCCUCUCUCACCCCGUUCCCUUUCCUGCAGCGCCUGCGAGUGGCAAGCAUAGGCAGCUGUGGGUUCGUGCUGCUGAGGAGGGGCGAGCUGGUGAUCCGCUCAGAGAGGAAUGCCACUGCUCUCCUGCCCUCACCUCCCACUUCCUCCCCUGUUUCCUCCAUUCCUUUUCCCACCACUUCGCUUUUUCCCCACCCUCAGCGCCUGCGAGUGGCGAGCAUAGGCAGCUGUGGGUUCGUGCUGCUGAGGAGGGGCGAGCUGGUGAUCCGCUCGGAGCGCAUGGAGCAUUCUUUUGGAAACCCUUUCCAAAUCGGGCAUGAGGCUGGGGACGGCCCUGACUGUGCUAAGGAUUACACCAUUCCCGUGCAAGCAGGGGACGCGAUUCUGCUAGCCACCAACGGGCUGUUUGACAAUAUCUUUCUCGACACCAUCGUGCGCGUGCUCUGCGCUGCUCUGGGAGAGGGGAAGAAACCCGAGUCUGUUGCUCGCAAGCUCGUGUCGAUGGCACAUAAAGCAGGGGAGAGUGCAGCAGAGCCCACGCCGUAUGCAAUAGCAGCCAAGGCAGCAGGGGUGCACCACGAGGGGGGGAGGCGGGACGAUGUGACUGUGAUAGUGGCGUAUGUGGUGGUUCGGGGACCGGCUCCCCCACAGGGAAUGCAUGUUCCUGUUCCGCAACCCCCUGCCGCCCAGAACGUAGCAGGGCAGCAGCUAGAAGUUAAACUUGCCGCCCAGCAGGGGGACAUCCAGCAGCUGCUGAUGGAGAAUCAACGGCUGGCGGCGACCCACGUGGCGCUCAGGCAGGAGCUGGCCUCUGCGCAGGGGGAGAUCCAACGGCUGAAAGGCGCCGUUGGGGAGAAGGACCAGGUGGUCAGGGGCCUGAUGGAUACCAAGGCGAAGCUCGAAGCGGACCUGAGAGGCGCAGACACACUGAGGCAGGAGCUGCAGGCGGCAAGGCAGGAGCUUCAGGGCACGAGGGGCGAGAUCCAGGCGCUGACGUCACGCAGGCAGGCAGAGGAAGCUGCGCGGAUGGCGCAGCAUCAGCAGCACCAGCAGCAGCAGCAGCAGCUGCAGCAGCAGUCGGCGCAGCUGCAGCAGCAGCAGGCGAAGAUUCAGCAGCAGGCGGCGCAGAUAGGGCAGAUGAACCAGGACCUGAACCGCAUGCAUGCAGACGUGCAGCUGCUGCCCAAACUUCGGCAGGAAAUAGACGGCCUUACACAAGAACUCGCACUCGCCAGGCAAGCGGUGGAGUACGAGAAGAAGGCCAACAUGGAUCUCGUGGAGCAGCGGGGCGCCAUGGAGAAGAAUCUCAUUGCUUCUGCUCGGGACGUGGAGCGUCUCAAGGCGCAAAUCGCCAACCUGCCACCCAUGAUGAGCCAAGGAAGCGGCUAUUCUGGGAUGCCCUACCAGGGGGUUAGCGGAGGGUACAUGGACUAUGGGUCGCAGCUGAACCAGCAGUUUUCAAGCUACAGCAGCCCAAUGACACCCCCCAAUCCCAAUGCUACAGCUGGAGCAGGAGGAGCAGCAGGAGGCGGGAUGGGAUUGCCUGGGGCAAUGGGCGGUGGGAUGGGCGGCGGGAUGGGCGGCGGAAUGGGCGGAGGCAUGGCCGGCGGCAUGACCACCUCGUACGGAAUACGCCCACCAGUGCCGGCCGCCCCGUACGGCUCGUCGGCCCCAAUGUCCCCUGGUUCGGGGAAGGGCGGAUCCGGGCAAAUGCGUAACCAGCCGCGUUCGGGGUAUUGA